UACUAAUUUAAUAUGUGGAAUUUCCAAUAUGAAUAAGUAUUGUCUGGAAAUGGAUGACAGCAGUAUCAAAUAAAUAGGUUAAGUUGAUGUUUACGUUUAGAUACGUAAACAAAGUGAAUUGUGAUUAAAAAUAAUGUAAAAUGUUACCGGGAAUUGGACUGUUUGGCACAGGUCCAAUAGUGAAAGCACUGGUUCCGAUUCUACGAGAGAAUGGCUUCAAAAUCGAAGCCAUCUGGAGCAGGACUUCGGCGGAGGCUCAGGAGGCUGCCAAGGAAUUGAAAAUCCCAUUUCACACCAACAAAAUUGACGAUGUGCUGCUGAGGAAGGACGUGGAUCUGAUAUUUGUUCUGUGCUCGCCGAACCUUCACGCACAGAUAUCCGUAAAGGCAUUAGGAAUUGGCAAACAUGUUGUCUGUGAUAGACCAGCCGGUCUGAACCAGGAGGAUGCCCUGAAGAUGGUCAGGGCAGGCCAGUACUACCCAACACUGAUUUCCAUUGUGAAUCACUCAUUCAGAUUUCUGCCUGCGUUCACACACAUGAAGCAGGCAAUCGAGGAGAAUUAUAUGGGAGCAAAUAUAACUCUAAUCGACAUUAGGAUCCAAACUGGAAAAUUGUUUCCAGAUAUUAACAGUUAUGAUUGGAGGUGCGAUGAUAUGAUGGGUGGAGGCACUUUGAAUCUAAUUGGAAGCCAUGUUGUGGACCUGGUGACAUUCUUGACCGGUCAUUUAGCAAAGAAGGUGCAUGGUGUGGUGAGGACUUUCACCAAAACAACCAAAGCGAUUAAUGGUAUUCGGCAAAUCUCUGCCCCAGAUUUCUGCACCUUCCAAAUGGAAUUGAACAAGGGAAUUUUGGUUGUUGCCACCAUCAACAGCCAUACAUCUGGUGAUAAUUUCUCUCUGGAGGUGAAUAUUUGUGGAGAGGAAGGACAGUUGAUUGUGCAAGGUGGCAAUUUGCUGGGAAGAAAAGAUAAUUCCAAAGAGGAAGUUUUAUAUUUGGAUACUGAUGAGACAGAUUGCUGUUCAAGCAGUGUUCUGCCAAUGCCUUAUGCAAAGGGAUUGAAUAAAAUGGUUGCAUCUCUAAAGGAGGCUUUUUCUCCAGUGAAAGAGAAAGCUGGUUGGAUUAAGGAAUCUGUAUGCUCUGCAGCUGGAUUCGAGGAUGGUCUUUACGUGCAAGCGGUUUUGAGCGCCAUCAGGGAAUCGUCUCAGACCAGACAAUGGGUCACUAUCGACAUCAUCACGGAACAACCGGAUAGCAAUGCAAUUCUGAGCGCAGCCGUUAGAAGAACUGCAAUUUCUUCGAUUUCUUAAGAAAACUAUUUACGCUUUUGCAUGAAAUAAGCGAUCAAAAGUAUAUAACUUUUGAGUCGACGCCCAUUCAAGUAUUAUUCACCUUCAGUUUGGUGCUGCCAGCUACAGCGAUGCGAAGCAACCCUCCACUACUCUCUAAAAUAUCUGAUAUUUAAUACAUACUUAUAGUCCAAAUAAAGUUUCAUUUUAUUUAUUAUUCAAUUGCUCCAUUUAAUUUCUCCAUGUAUUUUUUUUUUCUAUGUUGUUGCUGCGUGUUCUGAUCUGUUGUUUGCCAAACAUAAAAUGAAACAUAAUUUAUCUUACUAUUUAUAACAAUAAUAGAAUAUAACAAAAAGAUAUGUUUUGUUGUUGAAUAAAUGCUUUAUCUUAAUUAGGUAGAUUAGUAAUUAAAAAUCAACGAUGAAAUGGCGACGGGUGUUAAUAUGUAUAACAUAGAA